GCCGCGUUGCUUAACUUGCUUGGCUGCUUGGAUGGACGCGGCUCCUUAGCUUCCCAUGUGACCGCGGCGGCCACUUACUGAAACGGCGAUGUUCGAAACUAAGUACUUUCUCGAUGUCUUCCACCCUCCAUCGUCGGCUCUCAUUAGGGCGCGUCGUAGCACACACGUUGGGCCGUCGAGAUGGGAAAGGCGCAGAGGCGUAGCCGCCUGUAGGCACGACGCCGCACCGCGUCGCGAAAUACGGGUUCAGCCGCCCCCAACGUGGUCUCAGGCCAUGGUCCAUGUCAGCAACCAAGCGCUAGUUCUCCGCGAAAUUAGCGUCCAAUGCAGUCAAAAUGCACACCCGUUCCACCCAUCUGCGAGAUCCGUCUCCACGGGUCCGGGGCGAAGACAAAGACCCAAUAGCUUAAUCAGGUCUCCUCAAAAGACACGAGACGGACGUACCAGUCUGAUAUUUGGAAGCCGCCAGGCCUUCGAGCUGAAGCGCCUUGCGCGCUCGAGGUUCCCGGGAAACCGGCAAGGGUUUCUUCACGUUGGUGCCAUCCGAGCCAAUGAUGGCCAAGAUGUCACCCAACUUGGCGAUAUUACCAAUUUUGCGAAAACCAGGGGACCAAUGAACUCCAGGAAGAGAGGCUGGAACGCGUUUGCGGACAUCGCCUUGCGGACAAUCGUGCCCUUUUGGGUGAUACCAGCAACGUGGCACCGGGGAUGAUCACGAUGUCGAUGAAAGUCGUGCCAUGGUCGCGCUAAAUCACGGUGAUUUCAGCUUCAUGUUGAUGAGAUUCUUGUUGGGAACU